GGCUUAAUUGUAACGCGCUUGUCUGUUUUUUGAGUCGCGCUGGCGAACUAGCUAUCGCGAGAACAUUUAGUUCUAUGUGAGAUCACGAAGCGGAUAUCCUGUCUCUUUCCCCUGGCGGACCGUCGUUGGGUUGGUUUGGCAAAAUGAAGCUAAACAUCUCAUUCCCUGCUACCGGCUGCCAGAAGCUGAUCGAAGUUGACGAUGAGAGGAAGCUGCGCAUCUUUUAUGAGAAGCGAAUGGCCACCGAGGUGGCGGCUGACCCUUUGGGUGAUGAGUGGAAGGGCUACGUGGUGCGCAUCAGUGGUGGCAACGACAAGCAGGGCUUCCCCAUGAAGCAGGGAGUACUAACUCAUGGGCGCGUGCGCCUGCUCCUCAGUAAGGGCCACUCCUGCUACCGUCCCCGCAGGACCGGCGAGCGUAAGCGUAAGUCUGUCCGGGGCUGCAUCGUUGAUGCCAACCUCAGCGUUUUGAACCUGGUCAUCAUCAAAAAAGGUGAGAAGGACAUUCCCGGGCUGACCGACAGCACCGUCCCUCGCCGACUUGGUCCCAAGAGGGCCAGCAAGAUCCGCAAGCUCUUCAACUUGGCUAAGGAGGAUGACGUGAGGCAGUAUGUUGUGAGGAGACCCCUGACUAAAGAAGGCAAGAAGUCCAGAACCAAGGCCCCCAAGAUCCAGAGACUGGUGACACCUCGUGUGUUGCAGCACAAGCGUCGCCGCAUUGCUCUUAAGAGACAGCGUACCCAGAAGAACAAGGAGGAGGCCUCUGACUAUGCCAAGCUGUUGGCCAAGAGGAUGAAGGAGGCCAAGGAGAAGCGCCAGGAACAGAUCGCCAAGAGGCGCCGCCUUUCUUCUCUGAGGGCAUCUACAUCCAAGUCAGAGUCCAGCCAAAAGUGAAAUCCAUAAGUGAAAUAAAGUAACAUUUUGCUGAAAAACCA